ACGUAUUUCCUUCGUUCAUAUCAGCGCCAUCUAGUAAAAACCUGUGAUUAAAUGUGCACGAAUUACACAUACCAAAAUUGGAAAUUGGAGUAGACUUUGUAUUGUGAUUUAUCGAAAAGUGCUGUGAAUUCUUUUGGAAUUGUUUUGUUAAAAAGCGGACUUAUUUCAAAAUGAUGCAAUUUAUGUUAUUAUUCAGUCGUCAAGGAAAAUUGCGUUUACAAAAGUGGUAUGUGGCCCAUCCUGAUAAAUUGAAGAAAAAGAUUACUCGAGAAUUAAUUACUACAAUAUUAGCACGAAAACCAAAAAUGUCAAGUUUCUUAGAAUGGAAGGAUGUUAAGGUUGUCUAUAAAAGAUAUGCCAGUUUAUAUUUUUGUUGUGCAAUAGAACAAAAUGAUAAUGAAUUAUUAACAUUAGAAAUUAUACAUCGUUAUGUCGAACUAUUGGAUAAAUACUUUGGAAGUGUUUGUGAACUAGAUAUAAUUUUCAACUUUGAAAAAGCAUAUUUCAUCUUAGACGAAUUAUUGGUUGGUGGUGAAAUUCAAGAGACUAGCAAAAAAAAUGUUUUAAAAGCCAUUGCAGCUCAGGAUUUACUACAGGAGCUUUGUGUAUCCAUACAAGUAUAUACUCAGUUAUAUGAAAAGGGUUCAGUUCACCAUUUGAAGCUGCAUCAAGGAGAUUACUUAAUUACAAACUAGGAGGAAACUCCACAAGGUUUCUUCGAGGACCAUGGUCUGGGAUAAUACUUCCUAAACAAUAUAUCCAGCAUAACGUAAGUGGUAUGUUACAAUGCUGCUUCAACAUUCCAGAAUUCUAUUUACGACAAGCUUUCUCAAUUAGAUUUAAGAGUAUGGUACUGCAGAGACAUUAACGAAUUGAAAUUAAGCUUUUCAAUUAAAGUCAUGUUUCUGUUAUAAGUUAAAAUGUAAUUAUAUUGAAAAAAUUAUAAUCGCUGUUUGAGUAGUCAAUGAAAUGUAGUUACUCUAUAAAACGUUAAAAACCAGACAUAUUGUUUCUCUUUGUUAAAAUACUAGCAGUACUAUACUACUUAUAUACAUAUAUAUCAUAUACAUAUAUGUAUGUAUGUCUUUCCAGAUUGACAUAUUAUUUAAUCCUUUAUGUUUCAUUUGCUUUCUGAAGUGAUACAAUGUUUAUUCUUAUCAUAAUUUCUUCUUUUAUCUUUGAUAUGUAUGCAAAGAAGUUGGUAUAAUUAAAGCUUUGGAACUAAAAUUUAUAAUUUUGUUGAUAGAAUUAUUAUAUUGUUGUAUAAUACUUAAGAAAUUAAAAUUUUAUAUGCUUGAAAGAAAUCUGUAAAACAGUUUGCUCUUCAUAUUUUAUUUUGCAUUUAUUACAUUGUAUUCCUAUAAAUUGCAUUUAGUAUAUUUGUUUGUAUGAUUAACAUUUUAUGAUAUUUUAGUAAAAAUAUACUAUUUUUUUCAUCCAAGAUGACUUCAUCUAUAAGUAACGAAAAUAAUACAAUUUAAUUCUCAAACCAUAUUUGGUAUAUAAGCAAAUCUCAUUACAUAAACUGCUAUAUUUCCUUCUUAUUAAAUCAUUUUUAUUACAUUGUUUAUACAUAAAGGGUCAAAUAAUUAAAGAAUAUUCGAUAAUAUUGUCGCUAUACGUGUAUUAAUGUAUCGUUCGUGAGGUGCUUAUCGAAAUUCUAUUUACAUUUAUUCUUUUUUGGGGGGGAUUGAAGUAUGUAUAAGUAUUACGAAAGGUCGUCGUGUUUUAUCAAUAAUUAAUCGAUGAUCAUAUUGUUAUGUUUUACGUAUAAAUAAUAGUCAAUAAGUUUGACGACGUUUUCAAGCAUACGCUCAAAAGUAGUCCAAUCGUUCGAGUAAAAUCAAACUGAAAUUGAAGGAAAAGUAAACGUGACGUUUUGUUAGAAACAAGGUAUAUAAUUGAAAUAUGAACAGAACAAUUAGAAUUUGAAGGACUCAUUUUAUACGAAUAUUUCAAAUUUAUGUUUAGUCAAAUACUGAAUUACAACAAAUAUAUUGCUCUUGAAGGAGAAAAUUUCUUCUUGAAGAUUUGCGAUUAUAUAUUCGAAAUAAUUAUUUUUCUCUUAAAUAAAAUAUAAUAUCCUCACGUGAAAUUUAUAAUCCUUCGAAAAUAUUAUUUAAGACAUAGCGCAAUUAAAAGAAAAUCAAUAGAAAUGUUUUGUUAUCGUUGAAAUCUGAUGAGAUAACUACAUACGUACGUUAUAAAUUUUUCAGUAAUCGUUAUCGCUAAAUGAAGAAAUUUUCCUUGUUAUAAUUAAUAGUUGAAUGUUCAAUUGUACUAUUUGUAUAAGAGUUCUGCAGCAUAUCCAGCUUGAUCGUGUGUCACAUAAUGCUUUUUACAUUCUUACGUGUAAAAAUUAGUUAUUUUUGUUUUCCUUUCCUAUAUAUAUUUUUUAUUAAAAUUCGAUAUGCAAAACGUGAUUUAUAUCUAAAAUUUUGGUUGUAGAAUGAAUUUAAAGAAGACUGUUUCUUUAUACAUUUAUUCCUAUUACAUAGGUAAAAGUUUUGGUAAAUUCAAAAGAAUACUUAUAAUAGCUUAGAAAUGAAGCUAAAAGAAAAAUUAAUGAAUAAUUAAUAAAUUACAGAAAAUAUUAUAUAACGACAUUUCGAAAUUACUGCGGCUAAUUGCAAAGCUUGCAAAGAAAAAUUGCAUUAUUAUAAAAUCUUUUGUAUAAUAUCAUUUUUUUUUUUAAGAAUUAGAAAAAUACCUCGUUUCGCGAAUUUAAACCGGAUAUGCUGCAAAAUUUCUUAAAAUUUUGUUGAAUUGAUUAAUUAUAAGCGAAAGGAUAGAAGAGCACUUAAUAAUCGUAGCUUUCGCCAAACGAUUGCGCAAUCUAUCAUUCGUCUCAUACAGGAUGAUUUAUCUUACCAUAUAAAUGAAGUUAUUGCGGAAAGUAAGCUGCGUUGAAAAGGAUAAAAUGGAUUUUCAAGGAUUUGCAGAUUUGUAAAAUAGAAUUCAACACAUCGAGAAUACCUGUAUUUCACGAAAUCAGUCAUAUAUACAUACAUUACGUAUGCGUUAUAUGAAUCUGUUAUUUCAGUGAAAAAGAUUCUACCUUCGUUCUUUCGAGUAAGGGAAAAACAAAGAUAAAGAGUCGUAUUCGUCGUCUUAAAUAUAAUAUUAUUUCAAAAUUUACAAUUGCUUGCUUACAAAUGUUUAAACAAAAUUGCAUAUCUUACCUUCCAUAAAAUUUAUUUAUCUAUCGACAAGUUAAAAAUUCAUUUUAUUUACAACCUGUCCAUUAAGAUCGCGCCAUGUACUAUAUGAUAAAGUUGCUGAAAUUUUCCAUUCAACCCAGCGUACUUUCCCAAAUAAACUUGUAAAUUAAAAUCGGCCACCCUGUAGACUAACUGAAAAUCACUGACGAGGAUAUCGAUUUCGAUAUAAACAUCAUCUUGUAGUAUCUUUUCGGCGCUGGCGAUGAUAAAAGAUAUUCAUGUUCCUGUCGAUUAUCAUUCUCGUCUUACCGAAAUAGUUUUGCGCGCGGUUCUAUCGCCAAUUCUUGUUUUCACGCGUAUAUGUACGUCCCGAACAAAGGAACGGAAGAAAUCGAUGUUUAAACGGAAGCAUGUAAAAAAUUUCCCAGGCAUGCAAGUUUGUAUCGUUACUAGAACCAUAGUUUAUCGAUUAUGGAAACGUUCGCCGAUCGACAAAUUUUUCAUAUUAAUCUCGGUGAAUAUUGCGCUCUUAAAGGCUGUCAUGGAUGAAGGUUUGUCUCAAUACGUUUUUCAACAUUAAAGAUUAAUGAAAUCGAACAAACGAAAUCAAAUGUUUUACAGUAAUCAUUGGGUCGCGGAUUUUUAUGCGUUUAUGGGACAUCUAAAAAUGCGAAAAUCCAUAUAAUGUACCAAAGUAUAUACGGUGUUUCAGAGACUAUGGCGCAGUCUGCUAUUGGUUGAUUCUACGUGAAACUGCAAGUCGAAAAUGCGGAAUAAAGAUCGUUGACGCGUGUUCAAGAAAAUCGAGAAAGAAACUAAUUGGUUUGAAAAUUUGUCGAGUUAAACUUGGUUAAUUACCGACUAAGUAUGAGUGGACAAUUAGCAGCAGGUUGUUGCACACGCGAAAUAAAAUUUUCCCUUUCAAGAAGAUAAAGUUUGAACAUACUUAGCGAACAAUUAGCCUGGUACAGGCGCGCGAUAAAUUUACUAAUUUAUCGUUCUUGAAAACAAAGCGAAAAAACUUUUAUUACGUACCUUCGACCUAUUUUAUUGAAGUAUGUCCGACGAAUGUACAAGCUUAAUUUUCUCAACAAACGAAGCGACGUAUGAAAGCAUCUUAUUCUAUAUUUUCGCUAGGUUUCUUCGCGUAGCAUCACCUUAUCGCCGAUUGUACCGUCGUUGUUGGUGGUUGAUAACACCGUACAAUGUGUCUAAGAUAUCCAAGAUAAUGGUCGUAAUGAUAGUAGGCGAAACAAAUUUCCGUUUCGGUUCUAUGUUUUUAGCGAUACUUGCAGAAAUAAACAUUUCCAUAAAUAUACGCAGCCUAGUGAUUACAAAUAGUAUUACAAUGGCAUUAUUGCACGAUAAAAGUAAAAUAAAGCCUGACGAUAUAAGAAUAAAAAUUCACGCACGGUGAAAUUUCUCUUCAUAAUAGCUUUUAAGAGUUACAACGUCGCGAACACAAUUUACAAAGGGACAAUAAGUUUAAACACUGUUCGUUGAAUCGUUUGUUCAUGGUAUUGAUACAAACUGUUGAUACAAGAGAAAGAGAGAGAGAGAAAGAGAAAAGAGAGUGAGAGAGAGAGUAUGCGUUAUACAUAUCUGAAAACUAUAUACUCGCAAACAACAUGUUUUUUAUAGUUUAUCUUAGACGUAGGUAGCUCGAAACACAUUGCGGCGUACGUAUUCAUGUGUCACAUUUAAACCAGCUUGUUGAGAUUUUUUCUUUCUAUACGUCACAAGAUUGUUUUUUGAGUUUCUAGCAUUUUUAACGAAAGACCGAUGAUAUUUUUUUCUUUUCUACAUAUACGAAGGUUAUUUGCCUGGAUAUUAAAUAUCAGACUUGAAAAGUGACGAUCGAAAGAUUCAUGAAAACGUUCGGUUUCGUUUAAUCGUACUGGGCAAUAUGGAUAUUUUUAUUCUUAUUUUUAUUUGUUAAUAUUGAUUUUUAAUGACAUCGGCUUAGAAAUUAUAAGGUUAACCUUCUAGAUAAGAAUUUUUUUCUAGACAUCCUCUUUUUAUGUUUUUUUUUUUUUUUUAAAUUCAUAACGAUAAACGAUUUCAUCGAGUAGAAUAAUAGAAUAAUUUUUAAUAAUACGACGGAAAUGACAGAAUUAUAAAAUAAAUUAAAUAUCGAUUCUUUUAACUUGAAAAAACGAUAAUAUUAAUUUUAUUGGAAAAUGCAUAUUGCCUAGAAAUUCUAUUUCUAUGUUUACUAUAUUUUAUAUUACGUAUAUAAUUUCACCAAACAGAAUGUAGAAUAGUUUUAAGCAAUACGAAGAAAAUGGCUAUGUUUAGUUAAAGUACUUCGACUAUUUUGCGUUUAAGUAUUUAAUAAACGAUGGUGCACGUAAAUCGAUAUGAUUUGCAUUAUCUUCUGUCUCGUUAGGUACUUUUUAUUAUGUACGUAUAUUUCAAAUACUUAUGACGUUCGCCAGAUUCUUUGUUAGUUUAAUAUGGCUACACGUACGCAACGCAAUAGUAAAGAAACUUUCCUUCGGUAGUAUACAGGUGUUUUAUGUUAACGAGAAAUCAAAAUUAGGGAUUAAGCGCUGAGAAUUAUUAGAAUUCGUGGUACACAGAAUUAAGGUAUUAAAGAAAAUUCUCAGAACAAUACUACGAACCAAUGUUAAACAUAUGAACGUGUAUUUACGAUAAGUCUAUGAAUAUUGUAUUUGAAAAGACGAUGCUUUAUGCUCCGUCCAUAAUAAAAUAUGUGAUGUAAAAAUA